AUGUCUUGGUUAUUUGGAUAUAGUCGGCCUCAGCAGCCCCCUUCUGAUGAACCUCCAGCUAAUGGAGGUGAACCUGCGGCGGCUGCUCCAGUUAACCUUAGCAAAGCCGAGAAGAAGGCAAUGGAAGCCUACAGAUUUGAUUCCAGUGCUCUGGAAAGAGCUGCUCAAGCUGCCCGAGAAUUAGAGAGAUCAAGACAUGCAAAAGAUGCUUUGGAGAUAAGUAAGUUACAAGAGAUGACUCGGCAACAAGAGCAAAUGGCUAAGAUCAAAGAAUAUGAAGCUGCCAUUGAACAAUCCAAAGUUGAACAAAAGAGAGUUGAUUAUGAAGAAAGACGUAAGACAUUACAGGAAGAAACAAAGCAACACCAAAUGAGAGCCCAGUAUCAAGAUCAGUUGGCAAAAACCCGUUAUGAAGAGCAAUUGCUACAACAUCAAAAGUCUCAAGAUGAAAUAUUAAGAAAACAAGAAGAGAGUGUUGCAAAACAAGAAGCAUUAAGACGAGCCACCAUCGAGCAUGAAAUGGAGCUUCGUGAGAAAAAUAAACUGAAGGCGAUAGAAGCUGAAGCUAGAGCUAAAGCCAAGGCAGACCGAGAGAAUAGAGAUAUAACUCUAGAACAAAUUAAACUGAAGGCUGCAGAAAAUAGAACCACUAUAUUGGAGAGUAUACAAACAGCAGGAAGUGUGAUUGGGACAGGUUUAAAUGCACUCGUCACAGACUGGGACAAGACCCUAGCCGCUGCUGGUGGUUUGUCUCUACUUGCCUUAGGUGUCUACUCUGCUAAGGGUGCUACAUCUGUGGCUGCUAGAUUCCUUGAGGCUAGGAUUGGUAAACCCACAUUAGUCAAUGAGACAUCUAGAUUCUCUCUCCUUGAAGCGGUUAAGCAUCCGAUUCUCACAAUAUCGCGUGCUGUAUCAAAUUUCAAGAAGCCUACCGAUGCUUUGGGUGGUGUAGUGUUAGCUCCAAAUUUAGAACGACGCUUAAGAGAUAUAGCAAUUGCUACUAAGAACACUAGAAUGAAUAAAGGUUUCUAUAGAAAUCUGCUCAUGUAUGGACCGCCUGGUACUGGAAAAACAUUGUUCUCGAAGAAAUUAGCUAAACAUUCUGGUAUGGAGUAUGCUAUAAUGACGGGUGGUGAUGUAGCCCCUAUGGGCAAGCACGCUGUAGCAGCUAUACAUAAAAUGUUCGACUGGGCCAACACCAGCCGUAAAGGUGUACUGUUGUUUAUUGAUGAAGCGGACGCUUUCCUCCGCAAACGGUCGUCGGAACAUAUUAGUGAGGACCUUCGUGCUGCUCUCAACGCAUUCCUCUAUAGAACGUCAGAUCAAAGUAGCCGUAUCAUGCUUGUGUUAGCAUCGAACACUCCACAACAGUUUGAUUCUGCUAUAAACGACCGUCUAGAUAAGAUGAUUGAAUUUGGUCUACCAGGACUGGAGGAGAGGGAACGCUUGAUCAGAUUGUACUUCGAUAAGUUUGUGCUUCAACCUGCUUCACAGGGUAAAAGACGUCUGAACGUGGAUCAGUUUGACUACAGUCUUCUGUGCACAAAGCUAGCUGAACGUACAGCGGGUAUGUCUGGUCGAGCACUCUCUAAAUUAGGAGUGGCUUGGCAGGCGGCUGCGUAUGCUUCUGACGACGGUAGACUAACUGAACAGAUGUGUAUUGACAUCUGCGAUGAUGCUGUGCAGGAUCACAGGCAGAAGAUGGAAUGGUUGUCUGUUGAAGAGAAGUCUAGGACGAUGAUACCCUAUUUACUGGACUUGCCGCCCUUAGACAAAGAAACAGAUGUUAAAAAGGCUACCAUCACCGAACUUCCAGAGACCAAAGAGGAACGCAAAACCAAAAAGAAAACCAAGGAAGUGGAAUUAGAAAAACUGUGA